AUGGUAAAAGAUAAGUGUGUUUGUCUUGUUUGUCGGUCUUCCGUUGCUCUUCCCAAAUGCGGAAAUUUAGAAAGGCAUUAUAAAACUUUGCACAAAAACUAUGAAAAUGAUUUUCCGCAAAACAGUUUGUUUAGAAAACGGAAAGUGCAAGACUUGAAAAGUAGUUUGAAGACGGAACAAUCAAUGUUCACUAGGCCUGUUAAACAAUCAGUAGCUGCAACGAUUGCGUCAUUCAAAAUUUCUUAUAUACUGGCACAACAUAAAAAACCGUUUGAAGAUGGAGAGGUAGUGAAAGAAGCAUUCAUUGAAGCAGCGAGUGUAUUAUUUGAAGACUUCAAAAAUAAAACAGAUAUUAUGUCUGCUAUCAAACAAGUCCAGUUGUCACGCCCAACGGUCACCAGACGUAUCGAAAUCAUGUGCAAAGAUUUGGAAAGCCAAGUGAAAAGUGAUAUUAUGAAGUGUGUAUACUUUUCUUUGCAAUUUGACGAGUCAACCGAUAUGACUGAUACCGCCCAGUUGUGUAUUUUCAUUCGAAUGGUAUUUUCUGAUAUGCCAUGUAAAGAAGAUUUGUUAACAAUGCUGCCUCUGAAAGAGAAAACUCGCGGAGAAGAUAUAUACAACGUUUUUAUAAAUUUUGUGGAACAAUACGGGUUACCGAUUUACAAACUAGUGUGUAUUACAACAGAUGGUGCACCAUCCAUGACAGGCGUUAACAAUGGAUUUGUUGCAUUAUGUCGAGCUAACGAGGACUUUCCAUCGUUUUUUUUUCAUUUCAUUGCAUUAUUCACCAGCAAGUUUUGUGUUCCAAAAUUUUAA